GAGCCGAGGAGGCGGGCAGGCGGCUGGCUGGUGCUGGGGCGGGCGGGCCCCGGAAUUGUCAUUUCUUUGUUUCCGAAGGCGGAGGAGGCUCUGAGCCCCCCCUCCCCGUCCCACCCCCUCCCCCCGGGUGCUGGCUCCAUGUCUGUGUGACCGGCCCCAGGGGUAGAGUCCAGGCCCGACGCGGGGCGGGCCGGCGGCGGCGGCGGCGGCGGCGGCCGAGGUGAGAGACGGCAGCGGAGGCGGCGCGGGCACCCGGCCCCCCAGCGGGAGGAUGAAGCGGCGGAACGCCGACUGCAGUAAGCUCCGCCGCCCCCUAAAGCGGAAUCGGAUCACCGAGGGCAUCUACGGCAGUACAUUUUUAUACCUGAAAUUCCUGGUAGUGUGGGCGCUUGUCCUCCUGGCAGAUUUUGUCCUGGAGUUCAGAUUUGAAUACCUGUGGCCAUUUUGGCUUUUCAUCAGGAGCGUCUAUGAUUCCUUCAGAUACCAGGGACUGGCCUUCUCAGUAUUUUUUGUUUGUGUAGCAUUCACGUCAAAUAUAAUAUGUCUGCUGUUCAUCCCCAUACAAUGGCUUUUUUUUGCUGCUAGCACAUAUGUAUGGGUUCAGUACGUAUGGCACACAGAAAGGGGAGUGUGUUUGCCCACAGUGUCCCUCUGGAUACUCUUUGUUUAUAUUGAAGCAGCAAUUAGAUUUAAAGAUCUCAAAAAUUUUCAUGUAGACCUUUGUCGUCCAUUUGCUGCUCACUGUAUUGGGUACCCUGUGGUGACUUUGGGCUUUGGCUUCAAAAGUUAUGUAAGCUACAAAAUGCGAUUAAGGAAGCAGAAGGAAGUGCAAAAAGAGAACGAAUUUUACAUGCAGCUUCUUCAACAAGCUCUCCCCCCAGAGCAACAGAUGCUACAGAAGCAGGAAAAAGAGGCCGAGGAAGCAGCCAAAGGAUUGCCUGAUAUGGAUUCCUCGAUCCUUAUACACCACAACGGGGGUAUCCCAGCCAACAAAAAACUCUCCACAACUUUGCCAGAGAUAGAAUACCGAGAAAAAGGGAAAGAAAAGGACAAGGAUGCCAAAAAACACAACCUUGGAAUAAAUAACAACAAUAUUCUACAACCUGUAGACUCGAAAAUACAAGAAAUUGAGUAUAUGGAAAACCAUAUCAAUAGUAAAAGAUUGAAUAAUGAUCUUGUGGGAAGUACAGAAAAUCUCUUGAAAGAGGACUCAUGCACUGCUUCCUCAAAAAAUUACAAAAAUGCCAGCGGAGUUGUGAACUCAUCACCUCGCAGUCAUAGCGCCACAAACGGGAGCAUUCCUUCCUCAUCUAGUAAAAACGAGAAGAAGCAAAAAUGCACGAGCAAGAGCCCAAGUACACACAAGGACUUAAUGGAAAACUGUAUUCCUAAUAACCAGCUAAGCAAACCAGAUGCACUGGUAAGGCUGGAACAAGACAUUAAAAAGUUAAAGGCUGACCUGCAGGCCAGCAGACAAGUGGAACAGGAGCUCCGCAGUCAGAUCAGCUCCCUGUCCAGCACCGAGCGGGGGAUCCGCUCCGAAAUGGGCCAGCUCCGGCAGGAGAACGAGCUGCUGCAGAACAAAUUACAUAACGCUGUGCAAAUGAAGCAAAAAGACAAACAAAAUAUCAGCCAGUUGGAGAAAAAGCUAAAAGCUGAGCAGGAAGCCCGAAGUUUUGUAGAAAAGCAAUUAAUGGAGGAGAAAAAAAGGAAGAAGUUGGAAGAAGCUACUGCUGCCCGGGCCGUUGCAUUUGCUGCCGCGUCUAGGGGGGAGUGCACUGAAACCUUACGGAAUCGGAUCAGAGAAUUAGAAGCAGAGGGCAAGAAGCUCACGAUGGACAUGAAGGUGAAAGAAGACCAGAUCAGAGAACUAGAACUGAAAGUUCAGGAGCUUCGGAAGUACAAGGAAAACGAGAAGGAUACUGAGGUGUUAAUGUCAGCCCUCUCGGCCAUGCAAGAUAAAACACAACACCUGGAGAACAGUCUGAGUGCAGAGACGAGAAUCAAGCUGGACCUGUUCUCUGCACUGGGGGACGCGAAGCGACAGCUCGAGAUCGCGCAAGGACAAAUUCUUCAGAAAGACCAGGAAAUCAAGGACCUUAAACAGAAGAUAGCUGAAGUCAUGGCCGUCAUGCCCAGCAUAACAUACAGUGCCGCCACCAGCCCCCUGAGCCCCGUUUCCCCUCACUACUCUUCCAAAUUUGUGGAGACCAGCCCCUCUGGACUCGAUCCCAAUGCCUCUGUUUACCAGCCCCUGAAGAAAUGAAGACCAGCUGUGGGUUUUGCCCAACCAUUUGGUUACCAGAAGGCAUCACAAAGGAGCAUCUCUGGCAGUCAAGAUAAAAAAAAAAAAAAA